AGCGCUUCUGGCAGCCAUGUUGGACUCGCCGCCACCACCCUCGUGGCCGCCCUCGCUGGUGCGCCAGAACUACCACAUUGAAUGUGAGGACGAAGUCAACAAGCACAUCAACGUGGAGCUCCACACCUCCUACAUCUACCUGUCCAUGGCCUACUACUUCCAGCGGGAAGACGUGGCCUUGAAGAACUUUUCCCGCUUCUUCCUGCGCCUGUCCAGCCAUGCCAGGGAGCGAGCCGAGAAGAUGAUGCAGCUACAGGUUCUGCGUGGGGCCCGUCUCAAGUUAUCCGACAUCAAGAAGCCGAACUGGCUCGAUUGGAAGAGCAGCCUGAACACGCUGGAUAAAGCCAUGAGCCAGGAGCAGGUGGUGAACGAGAGCCUAAUUUAUCUGCACCAGGUGGCCACCGAAAUGUACGACGCCCACCUGCGUGACUUCCUAGAGCUCUUCUUCCUGGAUGAGCAAGUCAAGCUCAUCAAAGAGCUGGGCGACCACAUCAUCAACCUGCGCAACAUGGGGGCCCCAGAUGAGUGCUUAGCUGAGUACUUCUUUGACAGGAUCACAUUGCGCAGUGGUAAUUCCAACAACUGA